AACAGACUUUCAAUAAGCUGCAAAGACACAAAUCUCCAGACUCGGACGUCAUUUUCAGGAGCCAUCCAGCAAAGCACUUACACGCCUUUGUUCGAGCAUCAUCAUCACAGUCUCAAGCCACAAAGAUUAAUCUUUGGCUAUUCUAGACCAUCAAAUCCAACCUAUUCAACCAAACACCAGCUUACCAACAUCCACAGUCAACACAAUGGCUAUUCCCGAGACAUCCCUCUCCACCAUCCGUGAAGUCCUUUCACAUUUCGUCUCCGAGGUGACCGGAGGCUACAAGAUCGAUGAAAAGGCUCUUAGCUUAACACCCAUUGACAAGCUGCGUGCUGCAGUUGUCUCAGAGCUGCAGCAGUCCAGCCUUAAAGACCACUUGGACUACCUAAAUUCAAAAGACCAGUUCACCAUGGCGUGCUAUGUAGCAGCUGACUUUACGUCAUCUCACCCCCUCGACUACCAGGUCAUGGUUGCCCAGCUUACCAUCUUCUUCUUCCACGCCGAGGACAUUCUUGAAGAGAAGCCCGAAGUCCUUCGCCAACUGCAGCUCAACGUAGCCUCCGGCAAGCCAUGCGGUGACCCAGUCCUCGACUGGUACGCCCGUGAGCUUGUGCCCCGUCUGUGGAAGCACUUUGACCCCCUUGUUGCCAACAUGAUUACCAUUGCCUGCUAUGACUUUAUCAACGGCAUUGGAAUCGAGUCCCUGACCAAGGACGUUGAAAUCCAACCCCAGGCAGUGGCUUUCCCUGAUUGGCUGCGUUUCAAAACGGGGCUUUCCCCAAUGUAUGCGCUGUUGGCUCUAGCACGGCCCUCAGAUCCGAAAUUGCCUACUGGUGGACUGGACAAGUACGUCCAGGUCAUCCCUGAUGUUAUCGUCUUCACCAACAUUGUCAACGAUGUCAUUUCCUUCUACAAGGAGCUCCUGGCAGAGGAGAAGGGCAACUACAUUGACAUGCGCGCCCAGAGAGAAAACAUCACUGUCCUGGAGGCAUUGAGCACCCUUGCUGAAGAGGGCAUCCGAGUUCGUGAGCGUGUCCUCAAGGUUCUUGAUGAUGAGCCCGAGUACCGAGCCAACUUUGAUACUUACGCCAAGGGCAUCACCCACUUCCACACCUCAUCUCCGCGUUACCGCAUGAUGGGACUGUUUGAGAGGGAGUAGAAAAAGAGUUGGCAUUAAAAAUUGAGGCUUCAGGGCAAGAUAUAGAGAGUCAUAGAGCGGUGGUGAAAAGCUGUUGUUUUUUUCAAAAAUAGAUCGAGUGUACUAGUAUAGACUGAAUUGAGAUUUAAGCUCUUUGAUAACCUCA